AGAGCAGUUGCGUCAGUGCUGUCAACAUGACAGAACUCUACCUCGCCCGCUAAAGAAAGUACAGAAACACACAUGAUCCGCAUAACGAACUUGAGCCGCUUGUUGUGAUCACUUAUAACGCAGAUUGUAUGAUGCCGUCUGUAAUGCGAGAGCGGACAGUGGCCAGGUUUUGCGGCCUUGGCCGGUUAACCAGUCAUAAAACUAGAGUGCCCAGACCUGACGAUGACACUCGCUCUUCUUCAGCUUUGCCUGGUUCUGAUAGGGUAACCUACAUCAGGGAAGACUCGAUUUUCUUCAAUCACCAGGCUGCCAGGACGCUGCUCAACAAUUCUUACGUCGUGUUUAGUAUUCUGCAAAAGCACAAGCUGGCGAAAAAUCGAAAUGCAGACACGAAUUUUGACCCUGGCUACGAAAUAUUUGACGUAGACCCUGCGGACCUGUCUUUGGUUCACGUUAGCAGGGCUUACAGGCGGUUUCUAAGAGACUGCACAGCAGAGCUGCUGAAAAACAAGGACACAAACAAAAUGGAAACAUUAUACUUGAGCUCAAUUUUCUUCAGUUUGGAGUUGAUUUUCCACUUGGCUGAAAUCCUCAACUUAGACCACAGUCAAAACUCUCACAUGGUGCCAAAGUUGCAAGAAUGGAUCCAGUACUACUUCAACGAAAGCAGCGACUUGGCCGACUCCGUGAUCAAAAGCAGGGACGACAAAAGUCCAGUCGAGUGCAAUCCGGACUUCUGGCCAGCUGUGACCGGCCUGAUCAUGACUGCGCAGUGCAAGGAGGCGAGGCGGCUGCUGGGUCUGCACUCGAAGAAAGAAACGCCGGCCAUCCGCACGCUGCGCCAACUGCUUCACUCGAAACCUGAGCUGCAGUCGUCGGGAGGCGCGUCAGUGGCGAUAAAUUUUUCUGUCCAGUGGGAAGCGUGGCUCAAAGAAGUGAGGAACCAGCUGAUCAGCGGCGUCUUCAGCACCAACCAGCACUGUCUUGAGCUCGCAGAGCUGCUCGCGGGCGAUAACAAAGCCGAGAAGCUGGUUUACGAGAACAGCGAGACGUGGUACAAGUUUCUUGUCACCUACGUCAGCUACUGGAAGCCAACAGUGGAAUCCUUUCGCCUUGGGGAAAUUGCCCGCAAGAGCAUGGAGCGCUUCGGGAUGGACUCGCAAAUGAAGGCCGUGGAUAAAAUUCUGCUGGCUCUCUUCGAAUCGGACUUGUACCAGGUAAUUGAAAGCCUCCAGGAAUUUGCCGAGUCUGGCUGGGCCUCCUUGCACAUGACCGACCUGCUCUACCAUGCUGGUCUCCUCUCAAAUGUUGUGGGCCAAGAUAACAAAAUUGCAGAAAAUUUGCGAACUGACCUGAUCAUCCAGUUUGGCACUCUUCUAGCUGCAAAUGAUUGCGUUUGGAGAACUGGCCUCUCCUACCUGGACUUUGCUGGAAGCCAGGGUGUCGGACACAUCGACCUUAUCCUCCAAUCCAGAGGGCAAAAAUCGGCAAAGGACGCAGAAAUCUUGCUCUAUGAAGCAGGCAAGAGAAAUUUGGUGAAAGCAGAGCGGACGAUUUGUUCAGUGGUUAGCAGGCAGUACUUGAUGGAGAAGAGGUUGGGCAGUGCCCUCAUGUGGGCAAUCAAAGGCGACAACCACAGUUUGGCCUCCAGCGUGGCUGAACUUGUUCUUCGAGAGAUGGCGGUGAAUGAUGAAUACUCUAUAUCAGACGUGCUCCCCGAUUUGGGCACCAGCAUCAUCUCUAGCGGACACCUUGUCUUCCUAGUGAAAUACAACGAGUAUUUGACAAAGUAUCAUGACGGUAAUAAAAAAGAAGCAGUCACCAUUCUCAUUGAUCUGAUUACAUCUGGAUUGGCCCCGCCAUACUUCAUCCCGGUUCUUCUGAAGAAGUCUGCUCAAGCCGCAAAAGAGGCUGUCAAGGUGUUCAAUUCUACAGAUUUGUCCAAUAUACUCGGAGUCCUUGAGGAAUUAGUCGUAACCGCUCAUAUAAAUGGAACCAAGGAUGCAAAAAGCGCUGUUGCAAGUCUCGAGAGCUCCGAAAGGGAAAUUCGUGAGGUGCUGGCCCAAAGCAUCUGUCAGGCCGAAAUUGCCGAGUUGGCAAAGGUGUAAACUUAUCUAUGCAUUUUUUUCAUUAAGAAUAAAGACAUUUAUUUUGAA